UGAACGUAAAACACAAGCUUAUAUUCAAGGCUCUCCAACACUGGGGAUUUACUAGCCAUGUCUGGCACGUUUCGCGGACAGCCGAAGAAGCCAGAUGUCAACGCAGCUGCAAAAGAGCGGAAUGAAUACAUCCCUAACUUCAUCGCAAAUAAACCCUUCUAUGUACCAGACACUGGGAAUGACUCUAAGGACUACCUCGAGCAUCAGCGCCUUCAAAAACAGCAGGAUGAUUCACUAGCAAAGGCGCAAUGGUACGACCGUGGCAAGAAAACUGGACCUGCGGCGACAAAAUUCCGCAAAGGUGCAUGCGAGAACUGUGGAUCGAUGACACACAAGGCUAAGGACUGUUUGCAACGGAAACGAAAAUUCGGUGCUAAGUUCACAGGGCGAGAUAUUGCAGCAGACGAGACCAUUACCAAUGUCAACUUAGGUUGGGAUGCUAAACGCGAUCGAUGGAAUGGCUAUGAUGCGACGGAGUAUCAGCAAGUUGUGGAUGAGUACCAUGAAUUAGAGGCACUCAAAAAGGCUACACAAGGGAAUCAAAAAGGCAGCGAGGAAGGCGAAGGUGAUCGCUACGAAGAGGAGACAGACAUGGGCAGACAACAGCAGAAUAGCACAAGGCAGUUACGUUUGCGAGAAGACACCGCAAAAUAUCUACUCAAUCUCGACCUUGACUCUGCAAAGUACGAUCCGAAAACCCGGAGUAUGGUCGAUAAGGGGGCCACAUCAGAUGCUGCUUCAGCGCUGGUUGCCGAGGAGGGUUUUGUAAGAAAAAGUGGCGAUGCUGAAGAAUUCGAGCGAGCGCAAAGAUAUGCAUGGGAGAUCCAACAAAGAGGUGGACCUAACAAAAUACACCUACAGGCAAAUCCAACAGAAGGAGCGUUUUUGCGCAAGAAGGAGCUGGAAGAGGCAAAAGCAAAGAAAGAAGCCAGACAGAAGAUGCUACUGGAAAAGUAUGGUGUUCAACCUACUCCAGCACCUUCAAAAGAUACUGCAGUCGUUGAAUCAGAACAGUUCGUCGAAUAUGAUGAACGUGGAAGGAUAAAAGGCUUGCCGAAGGUUAAGACAAAAUCAAAAUAUGCUGAGGACGUAUAUAUCAAUAAUCAUACAUCGGUCUGGGGAUCAUGGUGGUCAAACUUUCGGUGGGGCUACGCUUGCUGCCAUUCUUUUAUCAAAAACAGCUAUUGCACUGGCGAAGAAGGCAAGCAUGCAUUCGAGGAGACAGAUCGGUUACGCUCCGGUGCGGAUCUAGAUACUGAUUCUGUUGAGGUUUCGAAGCAAUUGCCAUGGCAAGAAGACACAAUGGGGCAGCGUAUGCCGUAUGAUUCCAGCAGCGAUCCAAAGGCUAGCUCAGAUGUGCAGGCAGAUGCAGAGAAGAGGAAACGAACAAUUGAUGAAAUGAGGGGUGAUCCAACAGAGGAUGAGAUGGAGGAAUACCGUCGAAAGAAGAUGGCCAGCCAUGACCCUAUGAUCCAAAUGUUGGAAACAUAAUGGAAAUGACUACAACGCAAACCUUUAAGCAUUAUGAAAAAGCGCCAGCGAUCCUCGUGGUAUCGACACAGCGUCAUUCACUGUGUAUUAAUUCAAUUUUAACUGCGAAA